GACAAUGUCGGUGCUACUACUACUGCUGAUGCUGGUUUUGAUGAUGAUGGUAAUGACAAUGAUGAUUACGGUGAUGGUGGAUGUAUCUAAUGACAAAUAAAC